AUGGGAGUGCUAUGGCUCAAACACAUCUUUUCUGAGGGCUUUUUUGAGUCCAAUGGACUAUCCCAGACACUUUUUGCCUUCUUUCUGAUUCCAUGUAGCUUGAGUCUGAAUUUCAUAGCACCCCCUCUUCUACCAAAUAUACCUUUCCUCUGGGCCUGGAAUGCCCCAACUGAUGUUUGUGAUAAAAGGUUUAAAGUGCCUUUAGAUCUGAGCCUCUUCUCUUUACUAGGAAGCCCCCAAAAAGACGUAACAGGGCAAGAUGUUACAAUAUUUUAUGUAGAUCGACUUGGCUACUAUCCUCAUAUAGAUAUAAAUACAGGCAAAAGUGUGCAUGGAGGAAUCCCCCAGAGUGGGUCCUUAAAUGACCAUUUGGAGAAAGCUAAAAAAGACAUUGCCUAUUACUUGCCAACAGACAAGGUGGGCUUAGCUGUCAUUGACUGGGAAGAAUGGAGGCCCAGCUGGAUAAGAAACUGGGCACCUAAAGAUAUUUACAGGAAUCGGUCUAUUGAGUUGGUUCAGCAACAAAAUGUAAGCCUUAAUGCCAAAGAUGCUGCCAAGGUAGCCAAAGAAGAGUUUGAAAAGGCAGGAAAGACUUUCAUGCAAGAGACGUUAAAACUGGGAAAAUUACUUCGACCAAAUCACUUAUGGGGUUAUUAUCUUUUUCCUGAUUGUUACAACCAUCAUUAUAAUAAAGCCGGUUACAAUGGAAAUUGCCACGAUAUCGAAAAGAGUAGAAAUGAUGAUCUCGAAUGGUUGUGGAAGGAAAGCACCGCCCUUUUCCCAUCCGUCUAUUUCAACAGCAUCUCAUCUGUUCGAGGAGCUGCACUCUUUGUCCGUAACCGUGUUCAGGAAGCCAUUAGGGUUUCUAAAGUACGUGAUGCUAAAAAUCCAGUGCCGGUUUAUGUAUAUGCUCGCCCAGUUUAUACUGAUCUAACUACGAGAUAUCUUUCAGCGGUUGACCUCUUGAAUACAUUUGGCGAAACUAUUGCUCUGGGUGCCUCUGGAAUUAUAAUAUGGGAAGGCAUUAAUUUAAUGCGAACUAUGGCAACUUGUGAGGACCUAGAAGAUUACGUGAAGAAUACAUUGAAUCCUUACAUAAUCAACAUCACUCUAGCAGCCAAAAUGUGUGGCCAAGCGCUUUGCCAGGGACAAGGAGUGUGUAUAAGGAAACGCUGGAAUUCAAGUGACUAUCUUCACCUGAACCCAGUGAAUUUUGUUAUUCAAGUGGAGAAUGGUGGACUGUACACUAUAAAUGGAAAACCCACACUUGCAGACCUGGAGCAAUUUUCUGAAAACUUUGAUUGCAGCUGCUAUACCAACAUGAAUUGUACGAAGACAGUUGAUGUAAAAGGCAUUCAUGCAGUUGAUGUGUGUAUUGCUGAAGGUAUUUGUAUAGAGGCCUCACUAAAGUCAGAAACCAGUUAUCCUAACAGUGAGCAAGGGGAACCUUACCUCAUUUCCGACAAUGUCCCAUCCUCCACACUGUCUGCCACAAUGAUCUUUGCUAAUGUUUUAUUUCUUACCAUGAGUUCUUCUGUAGUGAAUUUGUCAGUCUCCAUAUUAGCUGAAAUGAACAACAUGUCCAUUUUAAAGUGUGGUUUUUAG